AUGAGCAUCCCGCUCAUAUCUGCCGCAGUGGAAAGACGUCAAGAGGAGGUACCUGCAUGGACCUCGGAAACCGAUCGCGACGUCGAACAGCAGAUCUCAAUGUUUUCGUCCUCAGAGUCCCAAACUUCCGUUCCUGUGGUCGCUGGCUCUCAAGGAUUCUCUCCAUCCACUCCAAUCAAGCAAGAACAGAGUUCCGACGAUCAGUUGCAGUUUGUUGAAAGCCUACCUUCCAGCUACAAUCCGUUUGACUUUACUCGUGCAACGGCAGCAUCCAGCCAAAGUACCUCUUCAGCAACGGGCUCCUUCGCAUCGACAUCCGUACAGCAAAUGGCAGUGUCUUCUUCGACGGAUGCCUUGGAAGAAAGUCUUUUCGGAGCAACAGCAGCAGCCGCCGCCGCGCGUCGACGAAGGUCAUCCAUCAAGCUUCUGCCUUUUGAUCACUCGCAAGGAUUCAGCUCGCUUCGGCUAACCCCCGGACUUCCACACAUGUGGCCAGCAUCAGAUCCGCCUAGUCCUGAAGACUCCCACAUUCACAGCAUUGCCAACAGCUCAUCAACGCCAACGGCAAUUCUCUCUUCGCCAAGCGCCCCGGCAAGACGAGAGCAUCUCAUCCAAUCGCCGCCGUUUCCCCACGGGCAUACUGGAAAACUACCUCAUGGCGUAAUCAGGAGACACACGGAGCCAUUGCGCAUUGUAACGCCGCCUACCCACACAGGCCCUGGUAGUGUUGAUCCUAUGCUAAUCAAUCAACCACGAUCGGCCCCAAUCGGUAAUCUGCCCAUCGUCCGGAAGCGCACCCGAGGACAAUCGUUUGAUAUCCCUUACGAAUGGAAUCCGCGACGUCGACGCUCCGUUGAUGCCUUUUUGGACGGGUAUUCGUUGUACUCGGCCAUGUCCCCGUCGGAUCCUCUUCAGUCUCUUCACAUGCACACACCUGCGUCCAUGAACGUGACGAAUGUUGUGGAUGUUACUCCCGAAGAUUUCGACCAUGACUUUGUUGUACCCUCAGAUGCAGCAAAUAUGAAAUUUCAAGAAGCCGUCUCCAUCAAGGGUGAGGAACAUCUUGUGCCUGAUUACAAUGGCAGACUAACAAUGGGCCGACUGUGCCAACUAGUUGGCGAAUAUCUACAGGAUCCAUCCCAUGAAUGCACGAUCAUUGUUACGCAAUCAACAGCAGCACAAAAAUCCUAUGGUGAGGAAAAGAGGUUCUUUACGUCUCCAAUAUGCCGAUUGUUAGGAGGCGGUUGGGAUUUACCAAAACUCCAAGAGGCAUACGCAAAUUCACCUGAUGCUUUAGCGGACUCUAAAGUUGGCGGAAAGAAUCUACAGAUUCGCAUUUCGACAAUGCCAAAUUUCCAUACAGAACAGCAGCCCUCACGAGUUCCAAGCAAAACGGAAAAUUCAUGUACCACGAGGGCUACACCCUCCGACUCUGAAUACGAGGACGAUGAAGUCCAUCUUCCGGGUGCACUGGACAAAGCUCAAGGAAUUUUGGGAAAUGUAAAGUACAUGCAGGAGCGUAUCGAUCUUUUGAGCCGCACCAGUUCGCUACGGGAUAGACCGGAUGCUCGAUCGCACAAGACAGUUGCUGCGGCAGUUUUCCAGAAACUGCAUGUAGGUGUUAACGAAUCUAGGAAGCGAGUUCCUCUCUUUUUCCAGAUUCAAUGUCCUGCAGGUCCUCUACUGUACGAAUCAAAACCAUUUACAAAAAUAUCAAAACCUUCAAAGAAGAGACAAACUUCUAAAGCUCAGUUACUCAUCAUGUCGGGAUCGACCAUCGCCAUAUUCAAUCGCACGAAAUCCCAAACGGGCAACACACGCUUCUUGGGCGUGGACGCUGACAAUAUGACUCUGGUACCAUGCAGCGGCAUGUGGGAUAAUUGGGUUAUCUUUGCUGUUGACGAUCCGCGCUUUGAUCCAUAUGUUGCACCAGGCUUGUCACCGAUGCUCUCAGCUCCUAAUCGAGGUACUUAUCUUGACAUUGUCGCUAUUGGGGAACCGCAAGAAGAUCUGGUGUGGACUCGCCCCAAAUUUCGAAGUGGCGGCGACUUGAAUGACGGAUCGGUGGAUAUGGAUGCCUACGAUGAUGGUCUUGGGUUCGGGUCGCAAGUAUUCAUGACGCCUCCAACGACUCCGUUAAAUGUCAAGCGUAAACUAGCACGGAAUGCGCCCGUGGCAUCGGGACAGGAUGAAAAGCCACCCUGUGCCCGCCCUAUUCAUUAUGGCGAUACGGUUGUCUUGCAGAAUUGUUCGACGGGACUGGUUACUCGACCGUUGAUUGUCCGAAAGAUUGAGAACAGGACAAAUGCUGUUAUUGAUGCCAAAGUGGAUGCAGUGGAGAAGCAAGGAACCGCGCCUCAGGAACCAUCUCGACGGGGCGACCCCAUCUCCCCACUUCACAAAGUUGCCUUUCAACUUGCAGGACACGCGGGCCAAUUCCUCUCUCUCUCCUCUCGAUACGGUCACAUUGUAGUAGACCUUCAUCACACGAAACUCAGUUCAGGGAGCUCUGCUAGGAGGAACCGUGGACGCCGUCACGGAAACGAUAAUGAAAGUGAUCCUGAUCGGGAGCAUGUGCAAAAUGCCGCCGCACUAAGGAGGAGAAAGGGAAAGGGAAAGGGGCAGUCUCCGGUGCCUUCGAACGAUGUCGGCGAGACCUGCAUUUGGACUGUUGUGGGAACGGAUCAAAUCGAAUGCACAUUCCACAUCCCAACACUAACACCCAGCGAAAUCGACACACUCGAUCCUGCAUCGCUUCCCUGCUCCGACUGUGACAGCGAUAUCUUUAGCUCCUCUGACGAUGAGGACCCCCAUGGAUCACCGACACCCCGGGAACCCCUUCGGACUCGCUUCCCUCUCAUGCGAGUCCACCCCAUACCAACCACAAAGUUCAUCACGAGGUUCAACCCCGGUGUCAUCGCCUUGACUGGCACAAACUUUCAACCAAACCUAUGGGUCUUUUUCGGUACCCAUCCGUCAACCAAAACUCAGGUUGAAACCAGUGAACUGCUACUCGCUAGUCUUCCCGGGCAUAACGCAGACGUGGAUGUUUCGCUUGACGGUUGCGUUAAGCAAGAGCAAAAGAGUAUCUACUUUUCGUCAACGACAGAAACAUCUUACCCCACCUCCCCUGUCUCCACGCCCCAAAUUGUCCCCAUUUUACUCGUCCGAGAUGAUGGGGUCAUCUAUCGAACAGGUCAUUAUUAUCGGCUGGAAUGACGGUUACUAACGCA